AUGUGGCAAGUACUUAUUGAUUUCUUGGGGGGACCCCAGGACCAGAAACGUGCCAUAUUGGACCUUGACCGUGCUAAAAUUACCUUUGCCAACUUAUUGAAGUUCAAAGUUAAGAUGGGUUAUUCUGCGAGGGACUUCAUGUACUAUAUGAAGAGAUGUGGCAACGAUACAGCUUUGCUGCAGCGUAUAGAUUACGAAGAAGAUGCAUUAGCAAUGAUAGAAGAUUGUAUACAAGAGAAGAAAAUUAGGAUAGCAGUUUUAGACACUCAGCUAGAUCAGGAAGGAGAAUAUGCAAUCACACCGAUUAAGCAACGUAGUACACAUGAGGAAGUUAGUGGACAAGGAAUUCAGGAUGAAGACAUUGAUGCGUACAAGAUGAUGAAACCAUUGAAGAAGAUGGAAGUGGUGACAAUAGCGCAGCACCAAUGUAGUUUCCAGCUCAUGCUCAUAGGCCAAAGGUCUCUUAGAAAGGAAAGCGCCUUCUCCAAAGUUGCAGAGAGAAUUGAGUUGGAAGCUUCUGUGAUUUCAAAAGAACAAGAAAGGCACAUUCUUCAUGAAACCUACAAGGAAACCACUAGAUGCAGGAGCAGGAAAGAAUCUUUUGCACCAACCACAAAAGCCCUCACCUGCAGAAAUAGCCACUCAUCCUUGAAUUCACAACCAAUGCUACUGGCUGGUAAAGAAUCUGCUAUUUGGGCAUACAUAAUGCACCUUCUAAUGGGCCUCUUUGUUGUUCCCACUCCUAGCCAAGGACCGAACAAGUGCAAAAGAUUGUAG